AUGGGCAAAUUAAGCAAAUGGAAGUUGCAGUUGAGCAAGCUGCACAAUCACGUUCAAGAAGAAGCAAGUGGCAGUUUAUGGGGACAAGAGAUGCUGGCACAUAUAGGGAAUUUAGCAAAAAAAGAUGCAACAGAGAAGUCAGAUGCUAAAGAAGCUUUCUUGGCUGAACUUGCUUUAGAUUCUAAAAAGGGGGCAAAGCAAAUUAAUAAAAGAAAGAACAAGGAAUAUAGAAAGAUGAAGGAUAUAAAGGCUACAAGCACUUAUGACAGUGGAAGUGUUGAUGAAGAUGGUGUUGAUAUGAAUAAACAUGAAGAUGAGGCUAUGAGAAGAAAAAUGGAGCUUGAAGCUUGA